AUGCGCCCCCUCUCCACAUUCAACAUGAAGUGGUAUUUUUUGGCUUCAAUGGCAGCAGCUGCUGCUGUAGAUAAUUUUGCCUGGGGCGAAGCAAUGGUAAUUAAUGACGACUCGGCGUCACCACAAAAUUCGGGUUCGUUUCUUGAUUCGGUAUAUGGACCGUUAGUAGCGGCUGGUCUGCAGCAGCGAUUGACCCCCAAAAACAACGAGCCAGAAGCGAUAGAGGCUCAAUUGCUCGCACAGUUACAGGAAGUGACCGAUUUUGCCUCUUUGGAAGUUUUGAUGUCGCAAAUGAAGAAAAAAAGUCGGACUAAUCCAGAACAGAUUCACGAAGACAGGUUCUAUGAGAAGAGCCAUGAAGCUUACCUCAAGUACCAAACGAAAUUGAACCUUCCCGACGACGAUGAAGUUUCGGACAUUGUUGAUGGGCGCAAUUUGUUCGGUGGAAUCGUCACUUUUGGUGGGUUUCCUCACUUUAACUGCUUUGACGAUAAGCAUCUUGAUAAGAAAAUUGAUGUGGCAAUUGUGGGCGCUCCCUUUGACACAGGAGUCCUGUUUCGUCCCGGAGCUCGGUUCGGACCCGAUGCUAUACGGCUGGCAGGCAAGCGGCUCGGAGGACUUACGCCGGAACGUAAACCGACCACGAAAAAUCCAUACGAUCUUCGCACCCACAACGUCAGUAUUGUUGACUGUGGAGAUGUGCCUAUGACUCCUUUUGACAACCGAAUUGCCUUGAAUCAGUUGUACCGUGGCGAGCGAAAGAUCCAUAAGCACGAUUCGUCGCUGGGACCCAAAAUAAUCACCAUGGGCGGAGACCAUACCAUCACUCUCAUGGCACUUCGGUCAGCAUACGAAAAGUACGGAAAGGUUAGCGUUUUGCACUUUGACUCGCACAUCGAUACGUGGGACCCCAAAGUGUUGGGAGGCGGAAUCACCCAUUAUAUGGCACUUAACCAUGGAACUUUUCUUCACUAUGCUGCGGAACAAGGCUACUUGAACGAAGGUCAAUGUCUCCACGUAGGCUUGCGGGCACCAUAUAUUGAUGCCAAAUACGACCACGAGCACGAUGCCGCUUGUGGGUUCCACUCAAUUACCGCCAGGGACAUCGAUUCUAUGGGAAUACAUGGUAUCGUCAACAAGAUUAAAUCCACCGUUAAAGACACUCCGGUUUAUAUUUCUGUGGAUAUCGAUGUUCUCGACCCAGCAAAUGCUCCUGGUACAGGAACCAUGGAGAUCGGCGGGUGGACGGGCCGGGAGCUUUUGAGUGUUCUAGAUGGACUCAAAGGUAUCAAUUUGGUGGGGGCUGAUGUGGUGGAGGUGAGUCCUCCAUACGACAGUAAUAGCGAUAUUACUAGUUUGGCUGCUACCGCUGUUAUCGACUCUUACUUGUGGCUUUUGGUAGAUAAUUAG